UUCCGCUUCCGGCGGCGGAUUGUUGACCCUCGCGGCCGCUGCGGUGGCUUCGCGGCCGUUGGGGAGGCCGUGGGGGGCGGAGACGGCGAGGUGACCGGACGGGCGAGGGUGCUGCCGAGGCGACGAUGGCGGAGGGGCCGGAGGAAGCCCGAGGCCGCCCGCCCGGGCAGGACGACGGCGGAGGGGACCCCGAGCCCGUCCCUUCCCCAGGAGGCCCCCGCACCGCCGCCGCCGCCGCCGCACGGCCCCGGGACGGGCCGCAGGCCGAGCCCCAGGCCCCGGGCCGGCCCCCAGCCCCGGGCCUCGCGCCCACUGCGGCCGCCGCGGGGGACUCGGAGCCGCCGCGCGAGCAGGGGAAGCGCGGGGAGGCGGCCUCCGACUCCGGCGCGGCGCCGCGGGAGAGGCCGGCGCGGCUGAGCGCGCGCGAGUACUCGCGGCAGGUGCACGAGUGGCUGUGGCAGUCCUACUGCGGCUACCUCACCUGGCACGGCGGCCUGGCCGCCGUCCCCGCGCACUGCGGCCCCCAGGCCGCCCAGCUGGCCUACUACAGCCCCUUCUUCUUCCUGGGCGCCGCGGCCGCCGGGCCCGACCCGGGGGCGGCCCCCGGCGCCUCCGCCCCGGCUCCAGGCGCGGGCCUGGGACCCCGGGCUCCUCAGGGGCAGGGGUCCGUUCGGGCAGCCCCGGCGACGAGAGCAGGACCCGCCGCCCCUUCGCGAGCCCCGAGCGAGAUCGGGCGGCAGGCAGGCAGAGAGUAUGUUAUUCCAUCCUUGGCCCACAGAUUUAUGGCAGAGAUGGUGGAUUUCUUUAUUCUCUUCUUUAUAAAAGCAACCAUUGUCUUAAGCAUUAUGCACCUCAGUGGAAUAAAGGAUAUCUCUAAGUUUGCUAUGCAUUAUAUAAUAGAAGAAAUAGAUGAAGACACAUCAAUGGAAGACUUGCAGAAAAUGAUGGUUGUGGCUCUUAUAUACAGAUUAUUGGUUUGUUUCUAUGAGAUAAUUUGCAUCUGGGGAGCCGGUGGAGCAACGCCGGGGAAGUUCCUGCUGGGGCUUCGGGUUGUGACGUGUGAUACAUCCGUGCUCAUUGCGCCAAGUCGGGUGUUGGUGAUUCCUUCCUCAAACGUUAGCAUCACGACGUCCACUAUACGUGCUCUGAUCAAGAAUUUUUCUAUUGCUUCUUUUUUCCCUGCUUUCAUCACACUGCUGUUCUUUCAGCAUAAUCGAACAGCAUAUGACAUUGUAGCAGGAACCAUUGUGGUAAAAAGAAAUGGGGUCAGAUGAUGUCCAGAAAAAGCCCUGAAUUCCAUACUCUCUGGAAUAAAGACAAGACUAAAUUAUCAAGGCCAUCAGUAUCCCUGGGUUACAUUAACUAAUGAUUUAGGAAUUAAAGCAGUUACUCCAGUGAUGAAGGUGACUAUUCUGAAAGUAUUGAUUUUACUUGAAUGCCAAAGAACUUUUGCAGAAGAAAAAUCUGUUAAAUUCAAGUGUUAAAAUUUUUAGAUCGAAAAGAAGGCAAGUGGUUUCAUAAUCAACAAUGGACAAUAUAUACUUUCCCAAGAAUUAAGACGUUAGAAUUUGCCAAAAGUAUUUUCAGCUUUGGAAUUUACAAAUGAAACUUUAUUUUGGUUUAUCCCAAAAUGAUGGAAAAUGUCCAAUUGUGUUUUGUAAACACAUUAUUCAUCUCCUCGGAAAUUGUUCUUUGCUUUUUUGCAGGGAGGGCUAGGGAGACAAGUGUGCUAAUCCAUUUUCCUCCUGUCCCAGGAGGUAGUGAGUGAGCUACAGAGAGAAAGGGGCCAGUGCAGGAGGCCUAGCAGUUCCCUCCCCUGAAGUUUUAGCACCUGUACUGCAGGAAUGUGACUUUAGAAGUACUCUUAAUGCUUAAACAUGUACUUUGGGACAAGUUUUGCAUGAUAAAAAGUAUUAAGUCAUAUUGCUAUAUUAUCAUUGAUUUUUUUUAAAAGAAAAGGCAAGUUAGUGAUUGCUUCUAAUGGAGGGAGUAAGUUUUUAGUGUGAAUUUAACUUAAAAUUCAUGUACAAGGUGUUUUUCAGUGCCCUAAAUCAAAGUAAACCUGGGGAAAAAUUACUGCCACCAGACCGUUGCAUAUUUACUGUCAAUUAUUCCCAGUAAGUUUGCAGCAUGAAAGAAGUAUUGAAGUGCUUUUCAUUGUUCUGAGAGCUUCUUUAUACACAGGACGAUCACAAACCAGUUUCCUUUUACAUUUUAUAUAGUUCUGUAACUUUUCAGACACGAAGGAGUUAAAUAACCAUAGUAUUUAUUUCAUGAUUAAAUACUAGUAGCCUGUGAAAUAUCAGUUUUCUCAUGAGAUGUUCUCUCUAAAACAAGGAAGAGUUUUCCAGACAUUAUCCGAAGUUUUUUGGUUCUGUGGGCCAGCAGCUCUUCUGGGGCGUGCCUGGGAUGAGGCUUUGAGGGAGCGUUAAGCAGAGUGCUUGUGUGCUGCCAUUGUAAUUUAUUCUUCUAUUGAAGCCAAGUUGUGGAGUGUUGUGUGUGCGCUUUUGCUCAGUGGUCCAGAUAACUGUGUUGAAAUAUACCUGACCAAAAGUUUUAUUUAUUUCUUAGGCAUUUUCUCCAACUCUGAUAUUUUCCCAGAAAACACUAACUUGUAUCGGACAGUUCAUAAUUACAUUGCUUAAAGGAACAAUAUAGGCUUUGCUUUUGGUCUUUAAACAGCAAAUGUUAAGACACAUCUAUUAUCUCUACCAAUUUUUAAAGUGAGUUUUUUACUUGAAAAUUUAAAAUAUUCACAUUUGAUGUUAUAGAAACCUCAACUGUCUUUAUUAAUACCCUUUUUAUUGUAAAAUUCCAUAAACUAUGUUUUUCAAAAUAACUUAAAAAUCCAAUAGCACAGAAAGCAUAUUAAGCGUGUCAAAGUACUAAACAGAACAUUCAGUUGUGGCCUCUGGGAAGAUGAGUGUUAGGACCCUUUCACAGGAAAACACUUUUUUAUUAGACCAGAAAUUUGGAAUUGUUAUAUAAACUUACCACUUGGUGUAAUCACUACUUUUACCUCUGCAUGGAAAUCCCAAGUUGAAAUGUCUGGCAGUCACAUAGCUCUGAAGUGUAUCUUUGAUGUGUAAUUUACUCAGAUAAUCUAGUGGUUCCCCAUCUGGGCUGUAUUUUUAUUUAAUGCAGUAGAAAGUGAACAGUCCAGAUUAGUUUGUUAUACUUAAAAGUAUUGCACAGUUGCCAUUCACAGCCAUUCAGAUUCUAUGUAAAAAAGUUCAUUCAGAGCCGCCUCAGGAUUCCAGCCAUGCUAUGUACCCCUGUGAAGUAAAUGUGCUGCUCUUUGUCUGCCUUUACGACAGAAUCCACGUCUGUUUCUAUUUAUGAAUAGAAGUAGCACUUAGGAAGAGAAUUCAGCAUUUCUGAUUCCCAAAUCACUGGAAAAAAUGACUAAAUAACGGGGAGGAAAGGAGAGCCACACUUUUUUCUCCCAGGGUUGUGGGCAGGUGGAGUCCACCUCUUUUCAAAAACACUUUUCUAUUCAAUAGAUAUCAUUUAUAAAAACGCUGGCGUUCUGGGUCAAAAAGUAUAAUUCUCAUGCUGAAGCUCUAGCCUACAAAGGCAAAAAGAAAGGUGUCUUCAUAGUACAAACAUUAUUCACUUUACAAGACAAAUAAUAAGGGAACAAAAAUCAGGAGCCAAACUGAGGAAGAAUACUGUUUCAGUGAACAGGUAGGCGCUAAAAUAACUGCAGAGAGGCAGGUAACUGCGGCCUCUAGGCCUCAGCCCUCGGUACGACCAGUACUGCUGGCGCACCUUGGGAGGUCUGGUCGCGCUGGGCCUGGGGAGGUGAGUGCUUUUAUCUGUGACUAUGGAAAUAAAGCCGACACUCCUUGGACAGUAAGCCUUUACUUUAAAAUAUUGCCCAACUGAUACUUGUGUAGCACUGGUUUAGAAGUUACUUUUUUCUAUGUAAACAUUUGCCUUCCAGUUUCACCUAAAUACUUAGGAUUGAAAAAAAUGCAUAAUAUUUUAGAGCAGCCUUGUCUAAUAUAUUAUAAAAAUGAGUCUUCAGUGUUGUUUCAAAUGAUGCCGUUGGUUUAACACUAAAGAAGGAUUUGUUCCUUUAAGUGACUUUUUUUGGGAGUUGCACUUACGCCUAAGUAUUUCCAGCAAAGUGAAGGUAGAAAGGAGUUAAAUUACUUGCUACUUGGGAAUAAAGGGCUUUUUUUGAGGGAGAUUGGGGUCAUUAACAUUUUCACUGUACAUUACUAUUAAAAUAGGCUAGUGUUUCUUUUGAGGACUAUACCUAAAUUAACAGCAGUAUUCCUAAAAUUUGACAAGUAUCAACCACCCAUCAUCAUUCCUUAUCCCCUAUACCAAAGGCCAAAAUAUUUACAAUAUGUGUUUGCCUGGGUGAGUUCCUCACUUCAGACUGUAUGUCUAUUUCCUUACAGUUAUUCCAGUGACACUAUAAAUAAAAUUCGGCAUUCUAUUUUUAAUAAUUUGUAUGCCACCAAUGUGUAUUUUGCCUCAAUAAAUACUUGGUCACCAAA